AUGGUGAUGAAUGUAUCUUGCUGGCGGAACGCAUUGCCGAAAGAGGGUCAUACGUUUCCCAUCCUGGACGGAGGACUUGACAAAGAUGUGUUCGACGCAAUGGUUCGGGCGAAACAGGCACGUUCUGGUUCUUUCCAGCUUCCAGGUGAAACCAGACAGUUCCCAUUUAGACCAUGGGACACACACGAUGAGAGCAGCACAUCUACGCAGGAACAUCCGGUCGACGACGAUCACAUCACAUCAUUCGUAGUGCUGAAAUCUCCUCUGGCGAACAAAGGUCUUGUAUACACGGCACCCUCCACUAUCCCAAAUGCAGGCACGGGCUUAUUCUUGCGUCCAAGGCGAACUAGUCUACUGGCAGGAAGUUAUCUUUGUAAAUAUGCAACGUCCUAUACAGCAGAACGACCCACUUCCGAAGCUGGUAAGUCUGUUGUGAUCACUAAACCCAUAUAG